UGCGGAGUCUGAUCUAGAGCGGGUCCUGAACGCAGAGCAGGGUGGGUGCGCGUCUCCUGACGCUGCCCUGACGCAGCUCCGGAGCGACACUCGCUCCUCCGCCUGCAUCCAGCGACGGCCCUGCACAAUAAAACGAGCCAGAACCGAGAGGUGACCGUCUCCCCGCAUGGCUGGAAGUCUCGCCCCCUUGUGACCCGGGAUGAGUAAGGGGAAGAUGCGAACUGCGAGGCAGCGUGAAUGUUGUGACACACGGAGAGGAGUGCUUAGCGUUUAGCUACCUAGCUCCAGGAUUUUACCCCAAAUCACGAAUGUCGUCUCACGUCGGUGGCGGGCAGCAGCUGGCGGGUUUAUACUGAUCAUCUGAAGAAGUCACGGGGACGGCUUUGCGUCCAGGCGGACCUUAAAUGCGCAGAAAUGCGCCUAAUAGUAGGCUAACGAGCUAACGGCAGCUAGCAGGCUACAUCCAGCUCAUUGUCGGCUGCUGCCGCAGAGCGGAGCCGCGAUGCUGACUGAACGUUUUCUUUUCUGUUAAAGGCGUUUGAAACGGGUAGCUUAACACGAUGACUGCGCGGAUUUAACGGACAGCUUAACGCGAUCACGUCUGGAUGGAGUCGUUUCUGCAGAUAGCGCCGCACUCUCUGGCCAUAGUGCUGGCCAGGGUCGGAGCCGGGGAGGCGGCGAGGGCGACCGUGGUGUCGGAGAGCGACGAGCUGCCCAGACAUCACACCGGAUACGAGAUCUUUGCUGAUUUUAAAGCUGAAAACUCUCAGCUGCAGGUGUGGAAUCAGCGGAUUACCGAGGCAGUGUCAGAGAUCUUCUUCCUGGGAUGGAUAGACGAGCACGUGCUGCUGAUCCAGGGUAAGGAGGACCACCUGGAGGUUCUCAGGGAGGGAUGGAUGCGGAGGUCCCUCAAUCCGCCUCGAGGCUUCACCAUCAAAUGCCUGGGUGAUGUGUCUCCUAUCAGCAUGUCCCCCAUCAGCCAAUCACAGUUUAUCCCUCUGGGAGAUGUUUUGCUGUUGGCUAUCUCUGCUAUCAACUCCAUCCAUAAGCCUGUGACUCAGGAAGCCCUGAUGGAACACCUGCGGACAUGCUUUCCAGGUGUUCCCCUGCCAACAGAGGAGGCCUUGCAUCAUACACUAAGCCUGCUGGUCCAUGAGCGUAAGAUCUACCCUACUUCUGAUGGAUAUUUCAUUGUUACCCCUCAAACCUAUUUCAUCACUCCAAGUUUAAUCCGAACCAGUUCUAAGUGGUAUCACUUAGACGAGCGAUCAGCUGACCGACACCAGCAUCAGAAACAACAGCAGCAUCAGCAAACUCAGUGCACAGUCCCUGCCUCUGGAACCGCAACGCUUCCCACCUCCGGAGGGGUGCGAGAUCGAGCACACCCAAAGUCCACCCAGAACCACUAUGCUGUAGGUGAAGACUGCUUUUACAACAGCUGUUAUCGUGCAGAUGACCCUCCUAGUCAUCACACUACUCUGCAGCGUCGAUCUCCUAAAGAUCACAGGGAGGUGCACUCAUCACAACCUUCCUCACAAACACCUGGUCCGCAAUCGGGAGGCAAUACGGAAAGGAGCCGUGGUACCCUUGCAUUUCCCUUCAAGGUGGACACACUUACCAAACAGCGAGGGGGUGUUGUUGGGGUAGGAGGGACUGGAGACAUUGAGAAACAAGCAGUAGAAAGUGGGACAGGAGGGCGGAAGUUUGGUUUGAAGUUGUUUCGUCUGAGCUUCAAGAAGGAAAAGACAAAGCAGCUGGCUACCUUUGCAGCACAGUUCCCUCCUGAGGAGUGGCCACUCCAUGAUGAGGAGGAGCUUAGCCACCUGCCGCGACACAUAGAGAUGGAGAUUAUACGUAGAAUUAAUCCUGACCUUACUGUAGAAAACCUUGCACGUCAUACAGCAGUCAUGAAGCGACUUGAAGAAGAACGUGCUCAAAGAAACAAAGCAUCGUCUGCCAAUCAGAGCUCCAGGAGUAGACGGAGUGGGGGUAAACACCGAAGACAGUCUCAGACUAAACCUAGCCGCUCACAUAGCAAGACGAGAGCUUUUUGGUUUGAGCCAAGCGAUGGGUCUCAUAAAGAGCAAGGUGACAGAGACUACAGAGGAUACUCCACUUCACUGGCUCAGUCACCAAGAGAACAAGUCCUAGCCAUGGAACGGCAAAGGGCUUGGCUUCACCUUGCACACAGCAUCCCCAACAUUCUUGAUUCUUCUCAUCUGCCUGUUGCGCCAGAGUGGGAUGUUUCUGGAGAGCUUACAAAGCGACGCAUGGAAAUGCCAUUCCCUGAACCAAGUCAUGGUCCAUCAUCCCAUCAUUCUAAAGUCCACCGCUCACACUCCCACACCCAGGAGAGGAAGUCUAGGAGUGAACGCAGCAGCAAGGCCAAGGAUCGUUCUAGAUCUAUGGACAACUCAAAAGGACUACUUGACGUUGGAUUGGUCGGACCUCUUGACUAUUACGAUGAUCGUAGCCGUUACUAUACUGAUGAUGGCACUCUGCGAGCCAAACAGGGCUCCUCUCACUACACUCAUGCAACCCCCCCUACAUCUAAAAGUCCAGCCGAUUCUCUUGGUUUGGAUGCAGGCCGGAACUUUGACAAAAGUAAGAGCAAAGACAGCUUGCAAGCAUAUUCACCUGCACCAUUACUUACCUCCAACUCUAAUGAUAAAUAUUACCAAUGUUCUUCUAAUUCAGAUGUUUCACUCUCAAAGACUAACACAAUGGGAACUCUUGGCAAAAUCCACGAAGGAUUAAAACCAAGCAUCACCGAAAGACAAACCGAUAGGCAUACACCCCAUUCAGCAGAAAAUAAGGAGGAACUGUCAAAGGUGGGAGCAAAAGGUGGUAGCUUGCCUCUAACACCUCUCUCCUUACCUGACCCUUCCAUUCCUAAUGGACAGCUUGCUCACAGUGCCUCCACUAGUUGGGAGAAAAACAAGGAUAGUUUUAAUAAAGACACAUUCUUUAAACCUCCUCCCAGUCUCCCUUUGUCAGGCUCUAGCUCCUUGAGAAAACCCAAACAUCUUGCCUCGAUUAAUCUGUCAUCAUCCUGCGACGCUCUCAAUUCCCAUGACGGCUUUGAUGCUUCCAAACCACUAGUGGUAACACCAUCGGAUCCUGCCCACGGUGCUGAGCCUACAUCCAAUGCUGCAAUGGUCUCUUUUGACUACUAUAAUGUAUCAGAUGAUGAUGAUGAUGAUGAACUUGAAGAUGGAGUGGAGGGGAGUAAGGAAAAAAGUGAAAAGCCUAAAGGAAGUGUUUCUAAGCUGGAAAGGUGUGAAGCAGGGACAACACAAUGGCUGUUAGAAAGAGAGAAGGAAAGGUACCUGCAGAGGAGGUUUGAGAGAACUCUUACUUUCUCUGGUGCUAAAGAAAACCAUCCAGAGCCACAUCAGAGUCAGCAGGCAGCCCAUUCUGCUAGACUAGACAGUAUGGAUUCCAGUUCCGUCACAGUGGACAGUGGAUUCAACUCUCCACGAACAAGGGAGAGUUUAGCGUCAAACACCUCAUCAAUUGUUGAACGAAACAGACGUCAGAACAUGGCAUUGAGUCCAGGCCACCUUAACAUCAGUAGUGGUAGUGUUCCUUCUUUCUCCUUCCAUGCUGUUUCUGAACCUACCAGCACCCAAACGGAGAAGAUUCAGAAGCCCAAUACCUGCCUUGCAUCGAUUACAAGUGUCUAGGAGGACUCAGGGGACCACUCCUACAGUUCUGACAAAGACCUGGAAAACCCAAGAUCCAGCCCCAAGGACGGUUUCACCUCAAACAGACUGAAACUGUGGAAUCUAUUCUCUACUGAGGAGAGACCAUCCAUCAGUGAAACACCACAUCUCUCUCUCUCUCUCUCUCGCUCUCUCUCUCAUAGAUGUAAGCAUACACACAAACACAGUAUGCCGCUGGGUAGACAUCCUGUAGUUUACAUACCACUACUUUUGUGUUAUAUAUGCGUGUGUGUGUGUGCGUGCGUGCGCAAGUAAGAAUCGUGUGUUUCCUGUAAUCUCAGGUUGUGUUUAUUUCCAUUUCCAUAUCAAUGGUUCUAAAUUUAGUGGUGCUACACUGAGGACUACUCGUUGAUGGUACACAUCCUGCUUACUAGUCAUUCAGAUUUACAGUUGCCACUUGCAAACACCCUUUAAGGCAAGACGUGGCAGACGUUAAAAUGUACCCAUUCAUUUUAGUAUCUCAGCAUUCUGUUGACGUGCUUCGUUUUGGUGCUAAAAGCACUUCAGCUCCACUUUUGGGGGAUUAUUACUUCUAUACAUCUGAUUACUUUUACUACAAGAAGGAGCAUUAACGAGUUAGUGAUGGUGAUUUUCAAUAGUUUUGCUCAUCUUGGUGACCCUGUCCCCUAUCCUACGUCACCAGGACAGCAACGCCCCCUCAGUCUUCAAGCCAGAGCACUCACUUGUGCUAAUGUGCAUGCAACAACAACAAAAGAUUAGUCUCCAUAAUAAUUAUUUAUUUAUUAGUAAUGUAUUCUGGAUGAGUUUUUAUUUCCAGCCACCUUGAUCCUGCAGACCUCUGCUCAGGGAUGAGAUUUCAGGAUGUACGUAGCAGCUUUUUUGUGAUGAGCAGAAGACUCCAAUAUAAAUAUACUAGUGAACUGGACAACAAUGUGUGUGAUCAGUCGAGGUAUGAGUUUUUCUAAAGUUUCUGUUUUCAUUCUUGAGGAAAUGAAUCAGCUUGACGUUUGUCACACCUGAAGUGUUUAUGUCCUUUAAGAUAAAAUGUAAAAGUGCAACAGUCAUAAGUAUAUGUAAAUGUUGUAAAAGGCGGCUUAAAUUUCUUCCGCUCACAUGUUGCAGACUGGUGCAUAAAGAUGUACACAAAAAAAAACACUGGACAUCUCCAUCUGCCUCCCCGUGUUUUUGAUGCUGUACCAGUUUGCACAUAGUUUCAUUCAGGAUGUGUCAUCUGUUCUGUGGCCUCGUCAGGCAGAACGAGUCAUUUAGCAGGGAAUGAGGGUAUUCAUUACUGUUGCACAAAGUUUGUGCACUGUUUAAUUUUAGGGAAUUAUUUUAUUUCAUAACUGAAUCACUUGUAAAAGGCAGCUGUGUGUGUAUUUGGUGCAAAUAAAUUUUCACCCAGACUUUUAA